UCGUCGCUCUGUUCAGUCCUAUUCAGUACUUCGAAAGGGAAAUUGGCGUACCAAAGGGGCGUGACGAAUUUUUGAGUGUCACGUCGAAGUUCUUAGUAAAUAACAAACAGAAAGCAUGUACUUUUACUACAACCCUUAGUUUAAUGAUUAAGGCUGAUGAGAUAUAUGUGAUGCAUAACACAUGUGAUAUUUUUGAAUUAAAGUUAUAAGAUACCAUAAUGGAAAUACUUAUGAUUCAAUCUAGAAGUCACUUCACCAAGCCAAAUAUUUCUAAGAUAUUUCAUUCGAUUAUAUCGUCGACAAAGGCAUCACCUACGAAAAUGCGUUCUUCGGAUACGAAUAAAACGAAAUUUUCGACGUUAAGUAGUGAAUAUACGACCUAUUCGAAUACUCUUCUAGAUGAUAAUGGCACUAUAUGGAAUAGUACUGAUUUAUAUAACGUUACAAACAGUUCAGAUUUUUUAACGGAUUACGAUUAUCAAAUGUUAAAUUGUACCAUACCGACCACUACUGACUCUUGGACAACGUGCAAGGAGUGGAGUUCAGCUCAACAUAGCUUAUUCCAAGCGGCGAAUUUUUUCUUCGCCGCUGGAUUUUUAAUACCGAAUAGAUUUAAACAAAGCGUACUUUUAUUUAGAUCGUUAAUAACACUCGGCUAUAUUUUUUUAACUGGUUGGGCCGGAGUGGACAUUUGCGCCCCCGACCUAUUACUAUGGAACGCUAUUUUGGUUAUACUAAAUUUGACACAUACAUGCCUUUUAACAUGGAGAUUUCUACCUCCAACCCUUUCUAUAGAACUUACAGAGUUAUAUCUUAAGAUGUUCAAACCACUACGGGUUAGUAAAAAGCAUUUUAAGGAAUUGGUGAGAGAAGCGAGGAUGAUUAAUUUAGAGCAUGGGGAUAUUUAUGCAGUUGAAGAUGCAAGUCCGGCGGAUGAACGUUUAUCCAUUCUACUGAAAGGAAGAUUACGUGUCACAUGCGACGAUACGCAUCUCCAUUUUAUUAACGUCCAUCAGUUCGUGGAUUCACCAGAAUGGGAGGCCAACCAUGAGCAGUCGGAUGACUUAUUUCAAGUUACCGUCACAGCGGAAGAAGACAGCGUAUAUCUCUGCUGGUCACGUAUGAAAUUAGAACGCUUUUUACGACAUCGGCCUUUACUUAAAAUAGUCUUGGACUGCAUUAUAGGGAAAGAUAUAACGUAUAAAUUAUAUUCACUUAAUGAGCACUUGAGCGGACUAAACGCCGAAAGGAACAGAGAGCGUCGAGGUGAAUUAUGGGCACGAGCGCAUAAUCGAAGCAUGUCAGUGGAUGUGGUUAAUACGGGGGCUACUGGCUUAGUUCGUUCAAAAGCUUUUUCGGUCGCACAGAAGAAACGAUCAUCAACUUCAACAGAAUCUAUAACACCCACAGGAAAGCAAAAACAAAGCUGGAUUCCCUUCGUGGCGAAUCAAUUUCCGGCGGUCUCCCCGUUCGCCCACCAUCAAAGCGCGGAUUCCGCGACGAGCCUGCUGCGUCUACCAGAGCAGCAGACGCCGAAAAGAAUGAGAUCUCUUCGUCGAAAUAGAGAGGUUAAGUUUCGCAAUUAAUUUACGAAGACACCUACUUUAAUUCUAAAUUAACAACGCUGCCAUUUUGGAAUUAUGACAAUUUCGAAAGAACGAACAAGAAUAUUAUACUUUGUAUCAAAUUUGUGAUUUGAGGUGCUUUAAUAAUAUUAAUUUUAUUUUGUAACUGCUAAAAUGACACAAGCACGGGCUCCACAUGGUCUCUGGUCAUGGGACCAACUUACUUUAACGCCUUUAACUUUCAUCAAACGUCUUUUACCUAAAAUGUAAAUAGUACUAGGUAAGAAGUGAAGAGAUCCAGUACCAACUCAUAACUUGCUUAAAAAAUGCUUUCAUUCGUGUUUAUCAGUUGAUUGAAAAGGUAUCAUUGUAUAUGGAAAUAUUGCUAUCAGAUGUAAUGUCAUCAUGAUCAGUGGUUUAACGAUUUAGUGAAACACGGAAAGAGAAGUGAGGAGUAGUAGAUUUAACUGUACCUACUUGUAUUAAUGGAUGGGCUACUGUCGUUUGCUUGCUCUAUGUUUCUCUUUGUGUUAGGUGCAUAUAGUGCAAAUGGCAAGAGAAAUUGAAUUAUUACAUAUUUUUACAACUAAAGGCUCGUACGUUGGUGCAGUUGGGGACGAUGCAUACUGCAAAGAACUAAUUCUUUAUUAAUUUUUUUUGUCCCUAUCUAGUGUACCUAAGAGUUGUUUAGUCCAUGUCAGUUUACAUUUAGUCCUAAUGGAUCAGUGGCUCCAAUACCAACUUUUUUUCGCAAUUCUUUCUCGGGGUGCACCAUUUUCGAGUAGAUUAGAGUAAAUUUCACAAAAUUGCAGAGACCACAUCUACAAACCAUUCUGUGUGUAAAGCCUAAAGAAAGGACACUGACUUUGAAACGGAAAAGACCCCACCACAGAAAAUAUGGUUCCAGAACGCAAGUUUUAUGGUCUCUAAGUUUUGCAAACCGCUCUCUAAUUGCACCAAUAAAUGAUGCCAACCAAGGAGAUGAGAUGAUAGAUUUACACGGAAUAAGUCUGUAAAAUUUGCCAAAGUUAAAUAGAAUGUUGUGAUCUGUUAAAUCAAUGUUGUAUAUUAUAAAGGUAAUGUUAGCGUUUUGUUUUAAGUUGACUUAUACCAAAGAGUAAUUAUGGUUACUCUUUGCUUAUACGAAGUGCGCCGAGCGCAAUUAACAGUUCCACAGGAAAGUCUAUGUUAUCCUAAUGCGCUUUUAGUUAUCGUUGUGUAUAAUUAACUAGGUGUGUGAGCACUAAAGUGCCGUAAAGUGUUAUUUAUAUUCGUUAUAUAAAUGUUAUAGAGAGUAAUGCCGAUUUAUAAUACGCUAAUUUGAUUAUAACUCGUUAGCAUAGGACCCGUGAUUAGCAUAAAAUGCGCAAAUGUGACAACACUCCAACCUCAGAGACGGACAUACAAUUUGAUUCAAAAUAUAUUCGUAUUUAUUUUCAUACAUCCGUAAAAAGCGGGGGGUUUUAGUGAGAAGGCCCAAUAUAAUCCAUAUUUGAUAAUACUACCUAACGUUUUAAGUAAGUAAUUGGUCCUCUGAUGAUUUCAAACAAACGAAUUGUUAGGAAUGGUAAAGUAAAAAAUCACCGAUUCCAUGAUCCUCAAUUCACAUUUGAAGCUGAAAGCGUUCCAUAUUUCAGGAAAUUGUAAGGAUAUAUGCGACUUUCAAUUUC